AUGUACUACGAACACCCGGCCAGCAUGCCUGAAUCUUGGCUAGACAUGCGAACUGGCAACACCCCAGAUGAGGAUGCAACGGAAAGCAUCAUUUUCUCCCGCGUAUCAACGAAGCGAUUGAUCGUCAAGCCGGUGACCUAUUUUGAUGGCAAGCACCUACGAACCGCUAUUUCGGGCGAGGGCUGA